GCUACAACUACAAAAUGCCAACCCCAACAUCCCCUUUCCCUUUGUUCUGGUCUGGCUAUGGGAAUGGCUAUGCUUUUAUCCCCUUUAAAGCCACUGGCCUUCUCCACCUCUGCAUUCUCGCAGGACACAUCAUCGUCGUCGUCUUCGUCAUACCGACCUGCUGUUCUUCUUCCAGGAGCCGGAUCCGAACUCCAUGCCAGCCGCACUGCCAUAACCAAAUGAUCUAACCAAUAUCUCCAAAUUUGCACUAAGAUUUUAUGCACACACUUUGGAUUAUGGCAUUUUGUACAAAGCUUAAUUCCUGUUUUGUGGUUGUCUGGUUUCAGGGUUUGGGGAACAAUUCAGCUGACUACCAGAAGUUGGAGCAGACUCUGAGAGGGUAUGGAGUGAGCACAGUGGUUGCUAAGGUGUCAAGAAUUGAUUGGCUGAGGAAUGCCGCCGGCUUGGUUGACCCCAAUUACUGGCGAGGAACUCUCAGUCCUCGGCCUGUACUCGACUGGUAUUUAAAGAGGGUGGACGAGGCAGUACAAGAGGCCAAGGAGCUGUCACAAGGUCUUGCUCAACUCUGUCUUACUGCUAUGCAAUACAUGUUAUUAUGUGGGACUUUAUCCCUCGUUGGACACUCAGCAGGAGGAUGGCUUGCGCGUCUUUACAUGGAAGAAUUCGGGUUUUCAGAUAUUUCGUUAUUAUUGACCCUUGGAACCCCCCACCAGCCACCACCAAAAGGCGUGUCGGGGGUCAUUGAUCAAACGAGGGGUCUCCUGGAUUAUGUUAAUAAGCAUUGCUCGAAAGCUGUUUACACUCCCGAACUGAAAUAUGUAUGUAUCGCAGGGAGGUAUAUUCAAGGUGCUCGUUUAUUUGGCAACUCAAACGAAACCAUUGAUUCUGCACUCCCAAUAGAGGGUGUAGAAUCCUCAUCAGAUGUUGCUCUCAUAAAUGAUGCGACUGUGAGCACUCCAACAUCAACCACAACCACCUUGCGUGCGCGCUUUGUCGGGCAAGGGUACAAGCAGGUAUGUGGGCAGGCAGAUGUUUGGGGAGACGGGGUUGUACCAGAAGCAUCAGCCCAUCUGGAGGGUGCCCUCAACAUUAGCUUCGACGGUGUUUACCACUCACCAGUUGGUUCAGAUGAUAUGUUGAGACCAUGGUACGGGUCUCCUGCCAUCGUAGAGCAAUGGAUAACUCAUCUCCUUAACUAACGAUUUCUGAGGUGCAUUCAUGAAAAAACAAUUUAUAACUGGAAACUUUUUAAGAAUAUAUUGAGCAGUCUCCUUGUAAAUGUUUACUGUAAUUCCUGUUUACUUGCCACUCCUUGGCGUUGCUCUGGUAAUGAUUCAUGUAAAGACGGAAAGAGAGUAGAGGGAGGCUGAGAGAGUGGCGUCGACGGUGGCAAACAUCCUCCUUCCUUCUUGUUGGCUUCCUCAUCAGUCAUCACUCUCCAUCCAUUUCAGAGAAGAAACCAACACCAACAAGGGAAUGAGAUAUCAGAAUUUUCUCUUUAGUAUUUUAGUAAAUUUGAUAGUAUAAAAUGAAAUUUCAAGUGAUUACAA